AUCACUCAAUGGGCGGAACCUAAGACCUGUCUGUCCUACAGAUUCAUUUUAUUUGACGUCGCCCCAUGGACCAAGACAAUAAUUCAGAGGAGGAAUCUGUUGGUAUAUCAGAGGAUGAUGCACAGCAACGGUAUUCAGUUGAACUCUCCGACAUGGAAGCGGUUGAAGUGUUGUGGCAGAUGCGGGCUCAGCGGAGGCAGACCAACCCUGACCUGCCCAACACUGUGACCCGGCUCUCUACUCCAGAGGGCAGCGUGGUCUACCUGGUGGGCACGGCUCACUUCAGCGAUAGCAGCAAGAAAGAUGUAACUACGACAAUCCGUGCAGUGCAGCCAGAUGUGGUGGUGGUGGAGCUUUGCCAGUAUAGAGUGUCCAUGUUAAAAAUGGACGAAAAGACGCUGCUCAAGGAGGCCAAGGACAUCAACCUGGAGAAAGUCCAGCAGGCAAUCAAACAGAAUGGCGUGAUGUCAGGCCUCAUGCAGAUCCUGCUGCUAAAAGUCUCAGCACACAUCACUGAGCAGCUGGGCAUGGCGCCUGGAGGAGAGUUUAGAGAAGCCUUCAAAGAGGCAGGUAAAGUCCCUUUCUGUAAGUUUCACCUUGGGGACAGACCAAUUCCAGUGACGUUCAAACGUGCCAUUGCUGCUCUGAGUUUGUGGCAGAAAGCUCGGCUUGCUUGGGGCCUUUGCUUCUUGUCUGACCCCAUCAGUAAAGAGGAUGUAGAAAAAUGCAAACAGAAGGAUCUGCUGGAACAGACGAUGUCAGAGAUGAUUGGCGAGUUUCCCGCAUUGCACCGCACCAUUGUUGCAGAGCGAGACAUCUACCUCACCCACACACUCAGACAGGCUGCUCGCUGUGUCGAGGCGCCACCUAAUGGCCAGAAAGUGCCUGCUGUGGUGGUGGGAGUGGUUGGAAUGGGCCAUGUUCCAGGAAUUGAGAAAAACUGGGACAAAGAACUUAAUAUUCAGGAGAUCAUGAGUGUGGCACCACCUUCUCGAUUCAGCUGGGUGUUACGUACUGUAUUGAAGGGGUCCUUGCUUGGUGUUCUGGGAUAUGCCUGUUACCGUGCUGGAGGGUGUGUAGGGAGGAUGUUUCUCUCCCUACCUGCUGUCCAAUUGCUGGAGAAUAUAAGACCGCCUCCUGCCUGACCUAGAUCUUCAACAAAGACUUAAAUAAACAGUAUAUUACGCUAAACACCAAUUGCCUUAAGAUGAGAGAUAGGGCAGAUGGUAUGUUAUGGGUAUGAUAUGGCUCAUACUCUCUAAAUGACACUGGGAUUUUGGAACGGGGGAACUUGAUGCAGCCCUCAGUAAUCUCCACUGUCUUAACUCUGUGCUCCUGCAAACAUGGAGCUGUACUGCCAAAAAAACACAGACAGUAAUUUCUGUUCCCUUUCUUUGUUUCCCAAUUUUCUUACACUUCAAUACAUGACAGUACUUUUUCAGUGUAACAUAUCUACUCCCUUUGGGUUGUGUUCUUGGAGUUGUUUAGUCUAUCUACAUGUUUCGUUUAGUUCCAUUAGCAGGGCCACAUCUUGAUGCAACAUAAAACCCCAAUGUUCUAUAAUUUAGGAGAGAAUUAUACAUUAAUUAUAACAAAUUUUCCAAUUCUGCUGUUUGUACCAAUGUAAUAAUUUUAUUGAGUACAAAGUAAAAGUAAAUACACAUUUAAUACUGUAAAAUGAUUUGUAUAAAAGCAUGCCUUUAAUAUUUCUUUUUCUUUUUUUUUUUUUUUGUAAAGUUCAACAUAUUCAGAGAAUAUAUUCAAUAUUUAUGAAUCUGCUGUAAAUGCUGUUUUAUUUAAAUGUAGGAUGUAAAUGUUGGGUGAACAUCACCUCCUAUAAGGUAUGCAAAUAAUUUUCAGUAAUCACAAGAUUUUGCCCUUUUUAUACUUUAUUUGUUUCUGUUUUUAUGGGAAAUUGCAUCCUAUGUGAUUAUAAAGCAUGCCAACAUUACUGAUGGAAGAGUCUCAAAAACUAGACCUGUUUGCAAAGAUACUAAGGUUGACACUACUGAAGCACUACUCAUGCAGUACCUGUAGUUCUCCUUAUAUUGUGGGGUUAAAUAAAAGAGGCUGGUUUUCAAGCUUGACAAAAUUAAGCCCAGGUCAUCUGACAAGUGCCUCCCAUCAUGUUACUUGAAAAAGGGCUAACAAAGAAGCUGACCAGAUCGAUAUGAUCAAUGUCCAUCAAAUCAUAAUAAAUGUUUGGUAUUUAAUCUUAAAUAA